AUGUCGCGUAUGAUAUUUUCUACGCACGCGGACGUCAAUCAUCCCAGCUCGAGUGGAGAUUUUGAGCUUAUGAUUUCGCUGCAGCGCUAUGGAGGCAUCUGGCCCAUCACGGAAUCGUCGACAGGCUCCCCGGUCGAGAGGGUGACCAUUGCCGGGUACACUUGGGAGCUGUUCACGGGCUGGAAUGGUGCCAUGCGCGUCUGCAGCUUCUUGCCGCCGAGCGGGACGUCGCACAACUCGUUCUCUGCCGAUGUCAAGGAACUUUGGCACCGAGGCCUUCACCGGUGGUCCUGCGCAUUUUGA